CCCCUCGACAGACAACACCCAACUGGAAGUAGCCUAUGACCCUGGGUCACCCACUAUCACGCUCAACGACAGCCACACACCCGUAGUAGUGGAUGGCUACUACAACACACCCCACAGCCACGACGCUGAGACGAGCUACUACGACGGUCCCCACUCGCCCCGACCACUACCGGAUAUUCCUAUGGAGGAGGUGGAACGUAUGUGGAUUAGUAAUGGUUAA